AGAGAGAGAGAGAGGCGGGUGCUUGCGUUUGUGUGUGUGGGAUAUUUAAAAAUACCCAUGAUGUAUACAUGUGAUGCAAUUAAGCCACAGAAAUGCACAGAGAACGGCUUACAUAAUUAUAUGCCAAUGUCACAUGAUUUCAUUCAGUUCAGCAAAACUAUAGUAAAGGUCGUGUAUUCAUAGCGUCGAUUCGGUUGCAAGGGAUAUAAAUUCGCAAGCAAAAAUGGCCACCACGGACGAGAGCAAGAAGCUAAUUGAAUGUCAUUCUGAACAGGGGGUUACGUCAGCAGCCGGCUACCCGGUAUAUUCUGGCUACCCUCCAUAACAGACCAACGUCAUGCCUGAAGCCCCGCCUACCUAUCAACAAUCCGUUGAUACCCCACAACCGCCCGUGGUACCUACUGCUCCUCCACAAACCUCGGGGAUGAUUAGACAGGCCCCAUCACAGCCCGUUAGAGAUUACACAAUCUUCGCUGUGAUCGUCACCCUGUGUUUUUGUUUACCCUUCGGCCUUGUGGGGAUCGUCAAAGCAUGUGAGGCCAGAAGACAACAAAACUCUGGAGAUGUAGAGGGCGCUAGACAAGCUGCUAAGAGUGCUUACAACUGGUCCUUGACCGGUUUGAUUUUUGAGGUUGUGGUUAUGUUAGCUGUCGUCAUCAACUAUGCCGUCGUCCUCCAAAUAUAAAUACAUCGACUUUUCAUAAAGAAGCAUAACUAACCAUGAGUGGACUAUUGGGCUUUUAUUAUUAUUAUUAUCAUAUUAUUUAUAUUAUCAUCAUCAUCAUCCCAUUAAUAUCGCAACCAUCACAACCAUAAUAUAUAUCUAAAGAUGAACUUACAUGUAGUUUAAUUAACUUGUAUCGUUUUCGUCCGCGGAUAGGUUACUUUUAAAGGAAUACGACAAGGGCCUGAUAUACACUGUUCAUUUUUUAGAGUUAGUUCAAAUAAAUCUAUUCGCCCACGCAAAUAUAUACAUUUUGAGUAAAUCAACCUUGCCCAUCGUAUAUGAUUCUUUGGACUUACGGAAAAGCCAUGAACCCCGGUAAACGUUGAUAAAGAAUAGUCAGAUUAAUACAAUUUUAUCAAAAUGUUGAUGCAGUUUUAGAUAACUAAUUCUUAUUCUUAAUAUAAGGAAAUUACAAAUAUCCCACU